AUGGCACAGCAUCAAGAACGUAAAAGAAAAGAAACUCCUUCUUGUUGGGCAGGAAGACGUCAUGUCCCUCCUCCUCUUAGUAUCAAAGUACCUAAAAUGAAAAAUCUUUCUAAAAAGUCAAAACCUUGGAGUGAUGUUCAGCUCCCAGUUGACAUUCUUUUGUUGACAGUGGAGGAUUGUGAGUUCUUGGCAUGCUGUGCGUACUUAAAUAAUCCCAUUAAAAGCUACCACAAUAACCUUGGAUAUGUGUACUUUGGUACCAUUGGUGAAAGUGGAGAGGAGGCGCUGAAAGUUGCUCUGAUGAGAUGUUAUAAAGGUUCUUCUGGUCCAGGUGGCUCUCUAGUCACUGUCAAGAAUGCAGUUGCUCAGUUGAGACCCAAGGCUGUUUUUAUAGUUGGCUGCUGCAGGGGUUUGAACCCCCAAGACACAAAGCUGGGGGAUGUAGUGGUAUCCUCUAAGCUUAUAACUGAAGAAUUCUCAACCCCAGUAAAAAAGAAUAUUGGCAACCUUAUCUUGUUUUCAUCUGGAGGAUGGGAUCCACCAACAACAGCUGAAGAAGAAGUAAAAGUGCAUUCUGACAGCGAAAUAUUCGGUGGCAUAAAUGACCCAGUCAGUGCUAAAAAAUGCCGUAUGAAUGCAGCUGAAAAGGAAGGGGAAGGUAACAUUUUUUGUUACUUAUUCAUUUUAUCUCAUUAAAUAAUUAUUAAUCUAUUCAGGCACAACUGUAUUUUCCAGCCACAUACUGCAGGUCUUCAUUAGAUGAUAGUGUCAAAGACCUGCAUGCAGUGAAAACAUCAUGAUCAAGAUCUAAGUGACAUUAUGGUGAAACAAAUAAAAUCCUUUAUAAUUUUGCACACAUUAACCAUGAUGUACAAUAUCUUUCAUGACAUGAACAAUAAUAUUUUUGUAGCAUUAUUAUGUGUUCUGUUUUUUUUUUUGUUUCUCGUAUUUAAACAUGUAGGACUGUUUGCUGCAGCCCAUGAAGUGAAUAUUGAAUGGGUGAUUGUUAAAGGGAUAUCACAUUUUUCUGAUGAUAGCAACACUCCUAAUGAGUCCUGGAAGUCAUUUGCUUCCAUCAUGGCAGCUUCUCUUGUGUCCAACAUGUUAAGUGAUCCAGUUGUUUUUAAAGAAUGGCCUCACUAUGAAGGUAUGUAACCUCCUUUUCCUGUUUGUUUAUUAAUAUUGAAUUUUCUGCUGAGAUAUAUUUAUGUAUCUAUUAUAAAAAAAAGUUAAGUUUUAGUUAAAGAGGUUAUAAGAUACAUGGACUACCACAAAUUCUACAAUAAUAUAGAAGAUGCUGUUUUAAAAUUCUUUAACACUGCUAGCCUCUACUUCUCCUUCACUCUCUGAAAAACUGUUAGAAGAUAAAAAAGAUGCACCAUGUUAUUGACUGACAAGAAGAUAAAAGAUAAAAGUCUGUUUUGCUUACAAAAAUUAAAGAACAGGACAGUUAAACUAUUUUGUUUUCUUUGUAGAUGUGUCAGCAAACAAGGAUUCCACAACCUUACCAGGUAUGACUCUGUCCAAGUAAAGUUAUGAGGAAUUCUAGUAAACUGAAGUAUUUAUUUGUCAAUACAUUUAUAGUACAAUUAAACCACCUCUUUUCAUCUUUGCACAGUCUGUACAAUAGUAACAAUUCUCUUACUUUUGUUGAGAAGUAAUGACCAGUAUAUUUGAAGCCUUUCACCUCUCGUCUACCAAAUCUUAUAAUAGUAUCUGAAUGUCACUCCUUUUAAUUACCUUAAAAACAACUUGACUCCUUCGUUGUAUCUCAAAUCUAAAACCCCUCCACCCCCCACCGCCCCCACCCCUUCCCUUAAGCAGUAGAUAAAUCCAUUGUGUAGUUCCAGAAAAUAUCCACAUCUUCCCUUGCGGGGGGAUUCUUUCUAAGAGCCCUUUGCCCUACUAAAAGUUCUUUGACCCCAGGAAUUUCCAAUUCCUUCUGUGGAGGCUGUGGAGAGAGUAUGGAGAUAUUCUGCAGCUACACAUUUUGCUAAUUAUACUGCCAAAUCAAAUUGAGUGUUCAAAACUCAAAACAUGUUUUUAAGGAUAUUAAAAAAUGUUGUCUUUUUUCUUAAAUAACCACCAAAUCAUUAGGACCAUUCCAACAAUGACGUCUUUGUUUUGUGAUUUUUCCCCAAGUAUUUUUGCAGCCUUUACCAAUAUAUAUAUACUCUGAGUUGAUUGAUAUCUAUUCACUUGACUCAAGACCACUUUGAGGCCAAUUUCUCACUAUAACUAUCUAGCACCCAGUGAAUACGAACUUGAUCUGCCGGAGCCCUGAAAUCACAGGUUCUUAUACACUGUAUGCAGGUUUUUGCUGUAUCAGAUUCUAGGCCAGUAAGUUCUACUUCAUGCUUGCUACUGCACAGCAUUUAAACCUAUUCAUUGCUGAAAGGAAUCUCCUCAUGAGAAUAUGAAAUCCUUCCUUGACAUCUCUGUAACUUACACAUCAUCUUUACAACUGUGGCAUACAUGAUAGUUCUUAACUUAGCCUGUGAAAACAUCCGUUUCUCCUCACUCUUCGCCGCUGAAGACGUUUCGCGCGCGAAACGUCCCCAGCAGUGAAGAGCGAGGAAAAACAGAUGUUUUCGCAGGCUAUCCUUAACUAUGCAUCUUUUACUUUGUAUUAAGAUGGAAUCCUUUGGUAAAUUGAGUAAUUUUUUAUUUUCAGUGGACAAAAACCUUGUACAAGAAUAAUUUCAAUCGUUGCAUUCUUUUUGUAAUGUAAUGUAUUAAGUUAUAUGAAAUAACUCCAAAGAAACAGUUCUUAUGGGAGCCGGGAAAAACAAACUUUAAAAGCUUCAAAUUUCAUAAAACAGGGCUCAAAAUUAAAAAAAUCCUCAGGUUGACUUCUGGUGACCAACUGGAGAAAUAUAAGUGCCACAUGCAAAUUUUUAGUCGCCAGUUUGUAUAAUGUAAAUGACGCACGCAACUCAUAGUAUGGUGCAAUCUAUCAGAUUUGAUUGUUUGAAAAUAUCACGGACAGAAGUCAGUAUAAAUUUGGAGGUAAACUGACUUUGUGUAUGUGAUUUGGCACAUUUUUUAUGACGAAAGCAAAGCAAGGUAAGAUGAAAUGUUUGUUUUAACUUUAAUCUUUUACUUUAAAUCUAAAUCAAAGAGAAAUCUGUUUGCUAAAGUGCCGACUAAACCAGAAUUUUUAGUUGCCAAGAAGAAAAUGUUAGUCACAUUGGCGACCAUUUUAGUCGCAAUUUUGAGCUCAGCUAAGGCUGCAUUCAUUAUGUAUACUGUGGGGGGCAGGGGGGCAGAGGAUAUUUUUUAAAUGGGGAAAAUUUUUAAAGAUCUCCUCCAUAUCAUACACAAUUUUUUACAACCCCCCCUCUUGACCAAAAGAAAAAAUUGGCACCCCCCCCUCCCCGCCCCACCCAGUCUUGACAAGGACAGAAGAGGAUAUAAAGGUACAAGCACUCUACUUUUUUGAGGCCCAAAUUCCAUCUCAAAGCACUUCGGCAACAGAGGGAACUGACUAUCAGUGGGUAUACUCUUCAACAUCUAUUGUGCUAUUCAUUAUUUAGAGAAGCAAAGUGUUUUGAUGUGGAUGUUGAUGAUGUUAAAUAACAUUCGUCACCACUGACACAUUUUUCAAGUUGUGUAUGCUAUUUGAGCCACCAAGCACUUUAAGACAUUCAAAUGUUAUUUGUUUGCAAAGGAAUACUAAUAUGAUAAAAUACUUUGUAUGGUUGUUAUGUUAGUUUGUAGAGCUCGGUUUCAGUCCAUUUAUUAGUCUUGAUUUCAGUGGCAAUUGCUAACUGACACAGAAAUAUUGGCAAUUUUCCAGUUAAAGAAAGAUUGAACUUAUUUCAUUGAAAUUUUGUACUUGUAAAUGUGUUGACUUAAAGGCAAUAUUAGCUUUAAAAUAAAAACACUUGACUUUGAUAUUAAUAAUGAAAGUCCUGUAAAGUGUGUAUUUAUAAAGCAAAUAAGCUAGCAAACUGUCUUCAAGCAUAGAGUUAUUAAGAUGGCCUUCUUUUAGCAAAAACAUCCACAAAAUAAUGCUUGCUUUUUUAAUAAGUGGAGACAAAAAAUUUAGCACCCUCCCCCCACCUUCAUCUGUCAAAAAAUCCUGUUCUCCCCUUGCAGUAAACAUAAUGAAUGCAGCCUAAAGAAUCUUAUGCAUGACGAUUUUGCCUGUGUUUUUUCAAUUUCCUGUGAAAUUUGAAAUUAGUUUUCUCGGGCUCCCUAAGGAUCUUUUCUUUGGAGUUAUUUCAUAUAACUUAUUACAUUUAUAGCCCUUGAAAAGUGUACAAAAGAAUGCGAUAUGACUUAAUUUAUUCUGGCUCAUGUACAAGGUUUCUCUCCACUACAAGUUAAAAUUACCCAAUUUCCUAAUGGGUUCCAUCUUAAUUUUCUGGGGUUAUUUUUUUUUUUGCAAAAGUUCUCUUAUGCAUCAGUGGUUAAGAAAUAACGUGUGGUUUUGUGUGGCCCAUAUCAUCAGCCUUCUUACAUCUUAAUGUAAAAGGUUCUUAUAUUCUCCCUUCCCCCACUUUCAUUAUUAAUGAAAUGUUUUGUUGCAUAAUGCUCAGUCGAUAGUUAAAUGGUUUCUUAAGGCUGCCCAAACUUCAAAGUGAAGAAACCCUGGAAUGUGCAUUUUUUUAAAAAGUAUUUAUUUUUAUCUGAUCAUAUUUGCAAGGUGGCUGCUUUUUAAUAUCCCUGUCUUAGAUUUGGUGUCAUAACAAAGAAAUUGUUUAAGACUUGUUGAAAAAUUCUUGCUGACAGAUUCUGUAUGCCUCGAAGAGUGCCAGAAAAAGCUGCGAUCCCUUUAUGAAACCAAAAACAGAGUCAAAAUUGUUCCAUGGGAACAAACCUCUGCUGUUGAUAUUAACAAGAUAUACACAGACGUGUCCUGGGUUAUGGAUCACAGGACACCCAGGGGAGUGACAAAAGAAGCGCUUAACCACUACACUGAGAUUUUUGUCCGCAGAGAACCUUAUCCUGCACCAAAGCGGAUUUUGGUUUAUGGUCAGCCAGGUAAGUGAGGAAGUAAAGUAAGCUGGCAUGCAGGGUCUUUAUUUAAGUGAAGAGUGACCACAUGAUAGCUGCCAAAGCUAACAAAUGAGUGGCCCUCAUUACACAAAAACAAGAAAAAUGGUAACCAGCAAAAUAAAUCCAUACAUGAUUUUGGAGAACACAGUCUGUAUUAAGCUUGUGUCAUGUACAGGCUUUUUGAGUGUUUUGCCAAAAUCCCAAUUUAAGUGGGUUAAUUUAUUAUAAUUGUUGCCGAAAACAAUGGAAAGUUUUUUCCUUUUGCUUUAGUGGAUAAAUUAAACUGAAAGAGGAAACAAAGUUUUUCUGUUUUCUAUGAGUCUACCAGUUAAAUUUAAAACAAUUUAUCUGGUUAUAGAGCAAUCAGAAUGUGUGUAGGCUUCAGUAUUUAUGUAUUAUUAUUAUAUAAACACCAAUGAAAUACCAAGUGAGCUUUCGCGCGAAAACUUGACAUCUUCAGGUGUGAAAAUAACAUGUUAUCUUCACACGUGGGAAGAUGAGAGACCCUGGGAGCGAGGUUGACGUGAAAAUAUCACUGUUGCUAUGGCUUCAUAAUAAACCGCACCUUUCAGACCGAAAAACGCUUUGGUACUUCAUUGGUGUUUAUAUAAUAAAUAGAACAUUACAUGGUCACUUGGAGAUACCAAAUUUCUCUUCUUGUGUUAAAAAAAAAAUAUUUCACUCGUUUGCUGCGCUCACUCGUGACAUAUUUUUCAACACUCGAAGGGAAAUUUCGUGUCUCCGUGUGGCCAUGUAAUAUCCUCUAUUUAUGUUGUGGCUCAAUUUUAUCUGUAAGUUUCAUUUUCUAAAAUGUACAAUCAAAAACUAACAAAUAAAAAUAAAAAUUCAUCCAAGGAAAAAUUAAACUACACCCUUUACUAUAUUGUUCAGAGUCAGUUUGAUGUCAGUAAUUAUUACACUGCUCACAAGCCGCAGGUGAGAGUUUGCUGUCACUAACUGCAGAUUUUACUGAUACAACACUGCCAUGGAAAUUACAUAUUGUGCAUCCAAAUAUUCUUUUUUUGCGAGUUACUUAAGCCUGAGUUGAAUCAAAGAUAGAGUCGCAUAUUCAGUGACUCAUUAAAAAUUCGUUUCUUGUGUCCUUUUCUUUCAUGUUUAUCUUCAUAUUUACGAGUAAUUUUAAACUACUCAUUAAAGACCUUUCUUUUUGAAAUAAAAUACGCUGUAGUUCCAUUGUAUUGUUACUAUAAAUUAAAUUUUCCUUUGUUACAAACCCACUUAUCACAUUACUAUGCACUCAAAAGCAAUGGAGGAGAAAAUCUGAGAUACUGUGAAUAUAAAAGUGACACCAACAGCGAUGAAUAUAACUAUAAUCUUGUAAUGAUAAUAAGAUUGCAGUUCUUUAUACAAAGCUAAGAAUUCCAAAAUCUAUGCUCCCUUUUGAAGGCAAAAAACAAUCUUUUUGGAUUAACUUAGGUGAAACCAAAUUAAAGACCCUCCAUGAAAAACAGACAAUAUAAGGCCAUCCCCAUAAAAUGUUUCGUUUCCCAUCACCCUCCCUCUCGUGAAGGUGGGUCGGUCGGUCGGCCAAAAAAAAAAAAGAAUGAACACAUGAUUGCAUAUUAAAUCUCACGUUUAGUCUGCAAGAUAUAAUCAGAUGGUAAAAGAUGUAUAUUAACAGGACUAUCAAAUGUCUAAAAAGGCUACAAAAACGAAGUAUCGAUGAUAAUUUAAGACAAAUGGUGUUAAUAAGACAAGAUCGUGUGCUUAUAAAUUAAAGUACUUGCUUCUUUACUAGUGAUUCUGGAAUUUUUAUUUUUUAUUUUUUACUUAAAUCCAAAAAAAUGGGUCGGUCAGGCGAUGGGAAACGAAACAUUUUAUGGGGAUGGCCUAAGCGCAUUUUAACCCAUUCGCUCCUGGAGAUUUUGCCGAAAAACGCGUUUUGAAGCUAGUCGAGUGGUUUUUUGGUCACUGUCGUGCUAUAAAGAGCUAAAACUUACCACAAACCGGUUUACAGGUCGUACACUUGGCGGCCUUCUGAUCCAGAUGCAAAAUAUCAGCUUGCGAAGUUCGGGCAUGCGCAGAAAGCAAAAUUUCGAGACAGUUUUUGGGUUUAAAAGUGACACAGCAGUCUUGACUUUUACUUUUCGCUUUCUCUCCUCCCUUCUUUUUUCGCUUUUCUUGCCUCAUUUUUUUUUCUCUUGCUGGGCAUUUAGUAGGCUUCAUUUUGGUGGAAAGAGUUUUUAGGAAAGUUUUUAGGAUCUUAGGAUUAGGUGAAAGGAAAGGAAGGUGGGUAAUGGAACAAGAUUUUCAUGGAGAUUUUCAGGUCCUUGUCACGUGUUUUUUUGCUUCUUUCUCCGGUGUCCUUGACUGAAUUGUGCUCAUUCUGGUAUGGUUUGAAAGAUCUCUUCACUCUGCACAAGUAGCGAAGAAAGUUGUCCUUGACCGUUAGAACUGAUGACGUCACAAAGGGUAGAAAGGACCUGGAUCGGCACGGGCGGUUACGGGCGGUUCAGGGGCGAAUGGGUUAAAGAAAAAGUUAAAAAAUUCAGAAAAUUUCGUUGAAUAAUUUGACACUUCUGUCAAAAGUCUUCUUAAAACUGUGGAAAGUUUAAAUAGUUUAGAUUCAAGAAGUCCUCACAAUUUAGUUCAUGUUGCCUCCUAGGUAUCGGCAAGACUGUUUUUACGCAGAAAGUCACUUUCGACUGGUGCCAGCAGAAAUUUCCACAAACAUUAGGAGCGUUUGAUCUUGUCCUUCUGGUAAGAUUACGAGACGUUUGUGAUCUCCGAGAUGUUCCGUCUAUUUUGGCGGCUUCCAGAGCGCUGGCUAGUGAUGGCACAGUUUCUGUCGACAACCUGUAUAACUACGUUCGUCGCCAUCAAGAAAAAGUCUUGCUUAUCUUGGAUGGUUACGAUGAGUAUGUUUACACUGCUGGAAACCAAUCGCCUGUCCUUGAAAUCUGGAAUGAAAACCAGUUAAGCAAUUGCUGUGUUGUAAUAACUUCAAGGGAAAUGAAAGCUGAGACGUUGAGAAGUUCUGGUGAUGCUGUUUUCAAGAUAGACGGCUUCAAUGAUUGGCGCCAAGAAGAGUUCGCUGGUAGAUUUUUAAAAGAUGAUGAAGAUGUUGAAAAGUUUUUCAACUACCUGGAGCAGCAAGACCUAAGAAAACUAGCACAAAUUCCUCUUCUUCUUCUGAUUAUGUGUCUACUCUGGAAGGGGAAAGAUCGCAACGCGCUGCCAAAGAAACGCGCAGAUAUCUUCCCUCAGUUGGUGAAGACUUUGUUUCACCACAUGGGUGAAAAACAGUUUGCUGAAUCGGUGUUUAACAUUGAGGAUUACUCGGAAGAAUUAUAUGCAUUAGGGCGCUCGGCCUUUGAAGCUCUCAUCAACGAUUGCCUGUAUAUCCCGAGAAGUGAAUUACCUAACUACGAUCUGAUCAAGAGGUUGAUUGAAGUGGGCCUUUUUCAAGUUUUAAAUAUGUCAAGUUUGAAUCCUGAAAAAGGUGUCUAUUUCAUUCAUAAAUGCGUACAAGAAUACUUCGCGGGAUGUUUUCUGAAAGAGGAGCUGAUAUUAUCUAAAAAGGAUGAAAUUACAAAUUCCCUGUCAAAGCUGGACUCGGUUGAAAAGAUCCUCAAAAUGAAUGAAGUGAUAAAAUUUGCUGGUGAGCUGUCAGAACAAGCCGCGCGCGAGAUUGUGAUUCACUUGAUGAAAAUGGCGGCGAACGAAGAAGAACUGACGAAGUACACCUUCGACAGCAAAGCACCGUCAGGGGAGGAUUUUUCAGAAGACCAAAGAAAUUUUCUAUUACUCUCCACAGAGUUGUUUUUCUACUGUUCAGCUAAGACAAAAAGAAACCUCUUUCCUACAUUUCUCUCCUCUUUCAGAGGAGUUCUUUUAAUUGAAGCAGACCAGCUAAAUGAUCUUGUGAAAGAAAAGUUAGUUAAAACUACUGUAAACGUAAAUUACGUUUUUUUCACUCGGGGCAAGUAUACAGAGCAAGACUAUAAAAACUUAACAAUUUUAUCUGAACAAUUAAACGCUGUCAUUGUAAGUUGUUUAGGAGAAAAGAAAGCAUCAGAAUUUUUAAGCAACUUAACAUGGUGUCCAGUUGAUGAAUUUUUCCUAAAGAAAGAAGAAAACAACACUCACCUGUAUUUUACACAAAUUAGUAGAGAUAGAUCCGGUUUUCGUGCUCAUGAUAUAAUAAAGGCGCUAAUAAGUAAACAAGAGACAACAACAAAGAAGACAAACAUGAAUGGUGAUGAGUCAAGUGAAGAAAGCAGCAGCAGCUGUUGUUCAAAGCGUCAUGGUCUCUCCAGGGUUCGGAGGAUUGUAGCUGUUGGUGUGAACAGGUCAGAUGUGGAACAGCUAAUUGAGAUGAUGCCGUUUAUCACCGCUCCACACGUGAUACGGGUUUGGGCUAAACCCGGUGAAGUGUUUGAUGCUGAGGUAACAGAGUCUCUACUGAGGAGCAUCCCAACAACACACAAACUGAAGCACUUAACACUCCAUCGUAUCAAUGUUACAUCAUCACCUGCUGUGGAGUUCAUUGACAGAGUAUUUAAACAAGAUCUUCCAAACUUGGUGUAUCUCAACAUGUCAUACAAUUCUUUUCUGGGUGCAGGAGUAGACAGCUUGAUUCAACAUCUCAGCUGCGCUCCUCACCUGGAGACACUGGCGCUUGACCGUGUGAAGAUGACUCCACAGCAGGUGAUGAAUCUCUCAUCAGCCAUCAAGCAGAACGGAAACAUCACUGAUCUGGAGUCAGACUACCACGUAAGUUUUCCAGUUUUAUCGCAUUUUGUUUCUUUAUUCUUUGUUUACAGUUUAUCUCUACUUAACUCAGCUCUUGCCUUUCGCCAUUUUCCUUUCUUUGUCAUUUUUAUUCUCGACAAAACACGAAAUUUACUUUUGAAAUCAAAUCACAAACUUUAGCAGAUUCAAAGUAUCGUUUCAAAUUCAUUCCUUUCAAUUGAUUAAACUAAAUUCAAAACAAUGUUUUAACCGAAAACAAGUAAACUAAUCUGAAGGUGUCUGCACUGUGCAAAAUAAUGGAUCAGAGAGCAGAUAUGAAAUUUCUCUUCGAGUCUGGUUCAACUCGAUGUGAGCUCACUUAUAACAAACACUGUGCAACAUAACAGAACACAAAAAUUCCACAAUAUUAUAAAUUUCUGAAUCAAUUUUAAUUCACUACUUUUUAUAAAAUGAUGAACAACAAGUAUAAAGUCAAAAUAUGUUCAGUUCAUGUUCAAUUCAAACAAAUAAUUUGCGAAGUAAGAGAAAGAAAGGUUAACUUACAGUUUCACUUUUAUCGCUAAGAUUUCCUAAAAUCAGUCAAACUCAAGAAAAGUUUGUUUGAGAGUCCAGAAAACGAAGAAGUCUUUUUAGAGCCUGGUGUCCUUUUCUUUGAGUGUUCUUGCGUGUCCUUUCAUAAAUGACCUCGAUCGCUCAGUAGCGUAGCUUUUUUUAGAUAACUUUCCACAAAACAGACAAUUCCUCAGAGACACUUUUGUACAAAUUUAACGCCAUACAUUUUUUUGUAGGUAAAAGCACUCCACUAUGGUAUUAACUGUCAAAUUUUGUCGGCGACAUGUUUUUUCAGCUUGACGACAAACACUAUGGCGUUAGCAAAUCCUGCGUCGCUUUGUGUCUUCAAUUGAUAAGUUCUUUUCCUGCUAGCCUCCACAAAUCCUUUGAAAAAUGCUGCAAAUUCCGGAGUAAAUAAGCCGAAUCUUUCUCUCCCUCACGUUUUUACGUUGUUUUCUAAUUCUUUUUUCAAUUCCCGUCCAUCUUGAGCAUUUUUGCGUUGAAUUUUUUCUUUGAAGAACAAACUCAACUAAAGUGAACAACAAACUACGAAAUCAACAAACUGUCAUUCAAAGUAGCGUGAGAGAAGGCUAGUGACGUGGACACAGCUGAUUGGUUAAAUUUAAGCACAUGAAAUAUUUCUGUCAAUCAUGAUAUACCACGUGGUAGCAUUUUCCCGCCUUUUGUUUGCGUGUAGCACCAGCAUUCCCGCCUUCCCACAUUUUUGCAUUUUUCGUUCCGCACCUAUGACCCUGCAUUAGAAAAAGAAAACUACUUUCUGUUCAAAGUGAGUAUUUCUAAAAUACCUUUCGCCACCAAAAAUUACUUUGUCUAACUGAUUGCUCUUGUUUUUCUUGUUUCUAAUUAAGGUGACUCGACCCAGUUUUUUUGGGGGGGUACCAUCCUACUUUGAAGCUCUCUGGUAUCCCCACCUUUACUUUUAUCGUAAGUCUAACACAUAGAAUGGAUAACAUAUAGAUCAAUCUACAAUAUAACAUAAAAUUUUUGGCGAUCGGAGUGAAUGUCACGUGGUUAUAAUGCCACGCCCCUUUGAGGUCUGAGUCGAAAUUCGGCUGUUGCCAGCAUUUUUUUGUGAAAAUCUCUCGGCUACACAUAGUGCGCAUUAGUGCCUUGCGCUGAACAGAGUUUCACCAAAAUCGCAAAGACCCAAUUCGAGAAAUUCAGCGGUUUCCAAAUUUAGGUCAUAAUUUAUGCGAAAAUGAUAAGCAAACUUUACACGGAUUAUAUCUAAUAAACCAAGAGAUUCAUCCCUUUAUUUUGGGCAUCGUUAUAACAGAUGGGUCCUUGCAAGUCAGCAAAACGCUUUAGGGCCUUGUAAAUGCGCGCGAUUUCGAGCAAAGCAAACAUAUAGAAAUUAUAGUUUUCGCUAUUUGUUGACGUUUGUCAGCGUUUGAGAGUCCUUCUCACGAAAAAAGCAUUUUCUUAAAAAUUCGUAGUUUUUUUUCCUUCAAAUUUUUUCAGGGCCACAAUUGAUUAACUAACUACCCGGACUCUGAAUUUCAUGGUCAUUGAAAAACUGUGACAUUAUCUUCUAUAAGCUCAAACUUGAGUAAACAUUGAAGAUUUUUAGCGUUUUGGCUGAGUUUGUGCUUUGGGAGUUGUCUAUUGUUUCUAGUCUGUCAUUAUACAGCAUUCUUGUUCAGCACGCGUGCAACGACCACGCUUGGCUGACUUCCGAAUGCUCACCGAGAUAUUCUCGUCACGAGUUGGUUUAAUUAUUGGCUUGCAUUAAACCUAUGAAAAAAUGAUAUUUUUGUAAUAGUAAGUAGACUUAGUGUGUAGCACUUCUUGAUUUUUUUGCAAAGACACAAGAAACACGAGAAUUGAUUAAAAAUUGUUAGUUAAACCUCUAUGUAUCGCGCGAUGGCCUGUCUCACUGUACCAAAAUUAUAAUAUCUCGGUGAGCAUUCGGAAGUCAGCCAAGCGCGGUCAUUGCACGCGUGCUGAACAAGAAUGCUGUAUCAUGACAGACUAGAAACAAUAGACAACUCCCAAGGCACAAACUCAGCCAAAACGCUAAAAAUCUUCAAUGUUUACUCAAGUUUGAGCUUAUAGAAGAUAAGGUCACAUUUUUUCAAUGACCAUGAAAUUCAGAGUCCGGGUAGUUAGUUAAUCAAUUGUGGCCCUGAAAAAAUUUGAAGGAAAAAAAACUACGAAUUUUUAAGAAAAUGCUUUUUUCGUGAGAUUGACUCUUAAACACCGACAAACGUCAACAAAUAGCGAAAACUAUAAUUUCUAUAUGUUUGCUUUGCUCGAAAUCGCGCGCAUUUACAAGGCCCUAAAGCGUUUUGCUGACUUGCAAGGACCCAUCUGUUAUAAGGAUGCCCAAAAUACAGAGAUGAAUCUCAUAGUCUAUUAGAUAUAAUCCGUGUAAAGUUUGCUUAUCAUUUUCGCAUAAAUUAUGACCUAAAUUUGGAAACCGCUGAAUUUCUCGAAUUGGGUCUUUGCGAUUUUGGUGAAACUCUGUUCAGCGCAAGGCACUUAUGCGCACUAUGUGUAGCCGAGAGAUUUUCACGAAAAAAUGCUGGCAACAGCAGAUUUUGGACUCAGACCUCAAAGGGGCGUGGCAUUAUAACCACGUGACAUUCACUCCGAUCGCCAAAAAUUUUAUGUUAUAUUGUAGAUUGAUCUAUAUGUUAUCCAUUCUAUGUGUUAUACUUACGAUAAAAGUAAAGGUGGGGAUACCAGAGAGCUUCAAAAUAGGAUGGUACCCCCUAAAAAAAACUGGGUUGAGUCACCUUAAAUCAUCAUCGUUGCAAAAAAAAAAAAAAAAAAAAAAAAAAUACCGUAAAAUUCCGAAAAUAAGCCCCGGGGCUUAUAUUUUUCAAAGGCCCUUUUUGAGGGGCUUAUAUACGGAGGGAAAUUUGCGUUUCAAAAUCGAUUGGGCUAGUCUUAUAGUUGGAAGUAAAUUUUUUUAGUUUUUGCUCAUUGUUUUACUUUGUAUUUGAGGGCAAUUUUCCAAGUACAAGCCCCCGGGGGCUUAUAUUUGGAGGGGCGAUUUAACGGAGGGUUUUUUGCGUUACCGGUUUGGGGGGCUUAUAUUUGGAGGGGCUUAUACAUGGAGGGGCUUAUUUUCGGAAUUUUACGGUAUUAGGUUUGGCAGAGAAAAUUGAAGGUCAAUCAUUGAUUAUUAAAAACUGUCUGUCCCCUUUUUAAACUUUUGGGAGUCCACAUGAUCGUGUGUUUCAGACCUUUUUCCCUUCCAUAAUUGAAAAGAAACAACAACAGUUGGAGUUUGCACUGAGUGUAAAGCUAGCCAGGGCAUUUAUUCCACUUAUGUACCGUUACCACCCUCCCCUCCCCCACCCAUUUUGAACCCCCUCUCCAGUGAUCUGAAGGAGUUUUUCAUUCUAUUAUAUUAGAGAAGUGACUCUUUUUUUUUUGUAAUUUGCUUAAGUUUCCGCAGAGACCGCUUGACAAUGAGAUUUGACUGUAUUAAGGCUUUGUUGCUGUACGUUCAUUGCACCCGCGUAGUCUGAACUUGCUGAUAAUGGAGUUUUAAUCUUUAUAUUGUUUCUCGUUUCCUCUGGUCGCCUGAAAACCUUGCAUUUAAUGUUUGUUUCAUGUUUCAGGAGCUCAAUGGCGAUCCUAAGCCUGAACACAAGUGGCAAUCAGAGGACUAUUGGAAACGUUGCUUCGCUCGCCUCUUUCCUGAUUCUUCAUCUGAAUUAGAGGACGAUCUGGAGCAGGUGGGUCAUAGAAAUAAGGUCAAAAGAAGGCAUAGUUUUGACAUGAGUUUUGUUUUUGAAAUUCAUUUCAGUUCACUCCUUGUAGUGUAGUUUUAACCAAUGCUUUGUAUAAGAUUUACUUAACAAAGGUUAUUCUUCAACUUUCACUGAUUGCAAGUGAAGGUCUGUUUCUCUGUUCCUUGAUCAUUGGACAUGUGAAUUGCAGUCAAAGUAAUUAUAACCGGCACUCUCGUUUUGCUCAUCAGCGUAGCCGGUCGUCAGUCCCAACGUCUCUUCCGGCUUAUUUUAUUAGAUUAAAAACUCCUUGUUUGGUUCAAAUUUUCUUCAUGAGGUGUACUACUGAGUUUUCAAGUCUUACUUUAUGAAUUUGAACGUUGUUUUUCUUGAUAUUGAAGAUUUUAUUCACAUUCUAUCAACGAGACACGAACUUAGAUGUUGGGUUUACGUCACGUAGCGUGAGGCUUGCCUGAAAAAUUAAAUUGACUUAAAAGCGUGGCAUUAAUUCUUGUUACAAUUGAUCUGACUAGUCAGUAUAAGAUCACGAAUUUGACCUGGUUUGGGACUGAGAUUCUCUCUCUUUGUGGUCCGUUUUCACAACCGACAGAGCAGAUUCUUUUUACUCGACCAUCUUAUCAGUUCAUCACCUCUUGUUCUCUUCUGCUCUUCUAUGACCUGUACAGAUUCUGGCAGAGACUCACCCCAGUGUUCACGGCUCAUCAUUCUUGGCUCACGAUCCCAACACCGUAGGAACAUUCCCAGUGCCUCCCAAUCCUGCUGGUAAGGUUUCAACUUCCCUAUUUUUGAUUAGCUUUUUGAACAGUUCGCAGCACCAAUGCGGCGUUUUACACAAGUCCAUUGCGUUCAAACGUCAUUUAACUCUCAUCUCAUCUCAUUCAUUAUUGAAUGAACUCAUCAGGAGCGGGAGUGUUACUUGUGGGAUUCUAAUUUCUACCUUUUACUUUCUACAGCCGGUGUAGUUUUAGCGGAAGCUCCGACUCCUGCCGAGCAUGGAUCCAGCCACGGUCAGACAUCCUUCAGUGGAUACCUUCCUCCUCAUGUUGAUCCCCAGCAUCACUCCUCCCCUGAUAUCCACACCCGUCAUCACAACAUCCCGUCCGUCAUCUUUACACCUGAAAGGUCCUGGGGAUAUCCCUACCUCAGUGGAUCUGGUCUGUCUACAGUUACACAGGGCGGGUCCCAUUUGGAAUGUUUGUUCGUUAAUAAGGUAAUGGAUCUGGAUUCGGAGAGCCUUUCUUAAAUGUUAUAAUAUUAAACAGUGGUUAGGAUUUGUCUUGACUGAGACGCCUGCUAGGUAAGAAAGUUGUUGAUAAGUUGAACUUUAAGUCCUUCGCUGUUCUGCAAGAUUUAUUCUGGUGACGAAGGUUUUAAGGAGAUUUGUCAGACAGUAUUCAUCUUCACUAUCAUUCCCCUUGUGAUAACCUGGUACCAGGCUCCAUGGUUGGGGAAAGGGGCGAAUAGAACGGAGCAGAAAAAAUCGACGAGGAAAGCAAGCUGAGCGGGGGACUGGGGAGAAAAAAACGUGGCUGAACGGGGCUGAAAAUUUUUAAGGGAAGACAUUAAAGCAAAACGCUACGGCGGACUCUACCACGGCAAUCGGAAGUAAUUUUGUGAAAAUCAUGGGUAAAUCCUUCUACAUCUGAUGCAGUAGUCUAGCCUAGUAUAAUAGACACCCUGCACCCCUAUUUUCUUAACACGGGAAACUAAGUUAUGGGACGAAACUGCGAAUGCUACGACACUAGGCAUGUCGAGUAAUUAGGGUUUGCGACGUCAACCGCCACCAUGGAAGGUGGGAGGGAGGGGGUGGGGAGCUUCAAGGUCACUUCCACUGAAAUCAGUUGAACUGGCCAGGAGACGGGAAAAUGCAAAGAGAAGGCAGCUUUGCAUCAUGCCACUAGCGCGCAAACUCGACAUGAUGGUAUUUAAAAGAGCUUCUUAUUUCCCGCAUUACAGGAUAAUUACUCACGUAACCCGUGUAGAACAGUUGAACAGUCUUCUUUGAUCUUCAAAGUAAGUUUUUGUUAUGAGAGGUGUUUUGACGUUGUCUUUUGUUUCGUGGCAGGAUGAUUUAUCAGCUGAAUCUGACGAUGAUGAUGUGGAGGUCAGUUAGCGACUUCAGGCACAAUUUGUUACUUUCAUUGAUUGUGUCCAGUUUGUCUUUUCUGUCUUUUAAGGUGGCUCGAUAUAGUUUUUCAAGGUCAAUACCUCCCAAGUUUGAGCGUAAACUACGUCGCCAUAAACAAAGAUUUGGAAAAAUUGACACCACAGUUGUAUUAGAUAAAGAUGAAAAUUUGUUAUGAUCAGGGUUGCAAUGACAUCGGAGUUGUCAUAGCAACGAAAUGACGCCAUUACCUAUUUUGCUUGCAGCAUGAUUUCUCAGCACUGGGAACUGUUCUUCCAAAAUCGUUUACUGGAACUUUUUCCUACAACAGCCGCCUCGAUGUUCGUGAAGUUUAAGCGAAAUCUGUAAGAGCGUUAUCGAGAUAUUUUGGGGACAAGUUUUUAUGGUUAGAAAUACGGUUAAAAAUGGACAAUCUUGAUGUUCGACUGUUAUCUGUACUAAACGAAGUGCUUUUGGCAUGCAAUUUCACCUCAUAGUAGUUUCAAUCUUUUUAAAAACGUGUGUGAAAGAUCAUUGAGAUACCUUCAGCCGAUUGCUAGAAAGAAGGAUUUGAUUAGUAUGUAUCAAGGCGCUCUUGUUAGCGGUAAUGUAGACAUUUCGGUCUACUUUAACAAAUUAGCGAAUAAUUUUUAAAUCGCUCGAUAAAUUUUUUAGAAAAUUUAAGAAUCUUGAGAUUAACCGUCCUUUAUAUGACCUCUUAGUUUCAAGAUUAUUGAUAUAUUGUAAGGCAGUAAAAUAAGGGCUUGAAUUCGCUAAUAUUUUGUCAGAAAUUUUGUGUUUACAAGUGAGAGCCUCUCAUUAUUCAGGGUUAUUGUCUCCAAGUUUCAUAUUUUCGUGCACAACAAUACCUAGUAUUUUUGCAUAUGUCAAAUGCAUUGUUAGUUACUGCUGUUCACGUGAAAAUGAAACUUUGAGACAAUACCGCCGAAUAAUAAGAGGCUCUCACUUGUAAACACAAAAUUUCUGACAAAAUGUUGGCGAAUUCAAGCCCUUAUUUCACUACCUUACAAUAUAUCAAUAACCUUGAAACUAAGAGGUCAUAUAAAAGGACGGUUUAUCUCAAGACUCUUAAAUUUAAAAAAAAAAAUGAUCGAGCGGUUUAAAAAUUAUUCGCUAAUUUGUUAAAAUAGAUCGAAAUGUUUACAUUACCGCUAAAAAGAGCACCUUGAUACAUACUAAUCAAAUCCUUCUUUCUAGCAAUCGGCUGAAGGUAUCUCAAUGAUCUUUCACACACGUUUUUAAAAAGACUGAAAGUACCAUGAGGUGAAAUUGCAUGUCCAAAGCGCUUCGUUUAGUACAGAUAACAGUCGAACAUCAAGAUUGUCCAUUUUUUACCGUAUUUCUAACCAUAAAAACUUGUUCCCAAAAUAUCUCGAUAACGCUCUUACAGAUUUCGCUUAAACUUCACGAACAUCGAGGCGGCUGUUGUAGGAAAAAGUUCCAGUAAACGAUUUUGGAAGAACAGUUCCCAGUGCCGAGAAAUCAUGCUGCAAGCAAAAUAGGUAAUGGCGUCAUUUCGUUGCUAUGACAACUCCGAUGUCAUUGCAACCCUGAUCAUAACAAAUUUUCAUCUUUAUCUAAUACAACUGUGGUGUCAAUUUUUCCAAAUCUUUGUUUAUGGCGACGUAGUUUACGCUCAAACUUGGGAGGUAUUGACCCUGAAAUACUGUAUCGAGCCACCUUUAAGUUAUAUUUUAUAAACGGUCGGGAGUUUUGUUUAUUAAGUUUAUAACACAAUGCGCAGCUGAGAUAUUUUGAGACUCGACCAUCUUGUCAGUUGUGCUUCAUCACCUCUUGUUCUCUUCUAUCACCUGCACAGAUUCUGGAAGAGACUCACCCCAGUGUUCACGGCUCAUCAUUCUUGGCUCACGAUCCCGACACCGUAGGAACAUUCUCAGUGCCUCCCGAUUCUGCUGGUAAGGUUUCGACUUCCUUGUUUUUGAUUGGGUUUUUUGAAGAGUUCGCAGCACCAAUACCACGUUUUACACGAGUCCAUUGCGGUCAACGUCAUUUUACCGAAAGUGAUUUCACUCAUGAUUGAAUGAACUCAUCAGGAGCGGGAGUGUUACUUGUAGGAUUCUAAUUUCUACCCUUUUCUCUCUACAGCCGGUUUGGUUUUAGCGGGAGCUCUUACUCCUGCAGUGCAUGGAUCCAGCCAGGGUCUGGCAUCCUUCAGUGGGUACCUCCCUCCUCAUGUUGGUCCACAGCAUCAUUCCUCCCCUGAUAUCCACACCCAUCAUCACAACACCCCGUCCACCAUCUUUACACCUGGAGGGUCCUGGAGAUAUCCCUACCUCAGUGGAUCUGUUCUGUCUACAGUUACACAGGGCGAGUCCCAUUUGGAAUGUUUGUCCGUUAACGAGAUAAUGGAUCUGGACUCAGAGAGCUUUUCUUAAAUAUUAUAAUUAAACAGUGGUUAGGAUUUGUUUUUACUCAGACGCCUGCUAGGUAAGGAAGUUGUUGAUAAGAGUUAUAUUCUCAUGACCAACGUUUUCAGGAAACUUGUCAGACAGUAUUCAUCUUCAUUAAGGACGCCUUUGAAUCCUCAUUGCCCUAGUGAUAACCUGGUACCAGGCUCCAUGGUUGGGUAAAGGGGCGAAUAGAACGGAGCACAAAAAAUCGACGAGGAAAGGAAGCCGAGCGGGGAGCGGGGAAGACGAAAAAAGGGCAGCUGAACGGGGCUGAAAAUUUUUAAGGGACGACAUUAAAGCAAAACGCUAGGACGGACUCUACCAUAACGACCAGAAGUAAUUUUGUGAAGAUCAUGGGCAAAUCUUUGUAGAUCUGAAGCAGUACAUGUAGUCUGGCAUAGUAUAAUAGACGAACUGCAUACCUAUUUUCCUAUCACGAGAAACUAAGUUAUGGGAACAAACUGCGAAUGCUAGGACAAUAGGCAUGCCGAGUAAUGAGGGUAUGCGAUGUCAACACGACACUAGGGGAGGUGGGAGAGGCGAAACUUCAAAGGCACUUCACUGAAAUCAGUUGAACUGGCCAGGAGGCGGGCAAAUUCAAAUCGAUGGUCACGAUGCAUCAUGCCACUAUCGCGCAAACUCGACAUGACGGAAUUUAAAGGAGUUUCUUAUUUCCUGCGUUACGGGAUAAUUAUCUAUGCAGUGACAAUAGUUAAAUUUUGACCACUCACUUAACUCGUGUAGAACAGUCGUUGUAAUAUAGGGACAAAAAAAACGCUGAAAAAGCCGAUCACAAAAGAGGAGUCACGGGCGAACGGAAAGUGCUCCAUACUCAGUCUCGGCCUUGGCGCUCGACCCUUUGUCUUCUUCCUUAGCGCUCGGCUAAAUAGGGAGCUAUUAGGGAGCUUGAGCAAUUAGGGACCUUAAGAUCCGAUGACGACGACGGCAACGGGAACGCCACAAAAGCAAUAGGUUUAAUUAGCAAAACAACAAUUUUGCACGUGCAUCACGCUUUUUUAUACAUCAUUUCUUUGCCGUCACUGCACGACUACGACGUGAAAAUGCCAAAUUUCAUGUUGUACAGAGGACGUACACAAGCGACGACGAAAUUUCCUCUCUCUUUCUGCACUUGGUUAUGGUUCUUAGGAAUUCAACUUUAGGAUGGUUCGCCUACAUUUGAAAAAGUUAGUGACUUGGAGUAAUCGCGAUGAAUAUUGAAAGAACACGAAUUCACUUUUUCAGCGACGUUUUCUCUGCCGUCGCCGUCCUCGGAUCUUAAGGUCCCUACUACGACGACGAAACGCGCGCGACGACCACGACAACGUCAAAAAACAAUUGGUUUUAUGAGCAAAACCAAGGUCCACUGCCUGACUGCGACGUGAAACCUCCCAAUGCGACGUUUUGCGGAGGACGUGGACGUACGACGAAAAAAGUCGCCUACAUUUGACGAAUUGAGCGGUUCCAAAUAGACGCGAUAAAGUUUGAAACGACGCAAAUUCAUUUUUUUAGUGAUGUUUUGACUGCCGUCAUCGUCGUUGUCGUUUAAGCUCCCUAUUAAAAAGCAAUGACGACAGCGACGUCAAGAGAACGGCAAUAAAAACAACCACUUUGCGCAUGCAUCACGCUUUUUUGUUCAUUUUACAUUUGAAGAAACAGUUAUUGCUUGACAAUCGUAUGAGUUUAUCAGCUUGUUUUCUUUCUUUUCUUCUCUUACGCCCACAGACUGCGACGGCGUUGCAAAGGAACGCUCGCCCCAGUGCUUACGAUGAACCGCUUCCUGUUUACGGUCAAGAAACCGUAAGACCAGUUCCAUUGCCUCACUAUCGUGCUGGUAAGGUUUCCUUUUUUUGUCCACCCCUGUGAAAACUACGUCAAAAUUCUACAAUUCGAUAAACGCCCUGACAGCUUUGGGCACUAAUGUGACAAUGUUUAAGGACUUCCGACGCUUGAAGUUCUUAUUAUCCCUGUCCAAAACUAGACAAAUCCCAGUUGCCGUUUUUUGCCUUCAAGGUUUUUUUUACUGCCGAAUUUUUGCGUUUUUAUGGACCCAGACGAGAGAGGAAGGAUUUAUUUCAUGAUCGAAAGAGAAUUUUUCUUGCGGGACAACCGAUGGAAAUCACGAGCGGAAAAGAUGUGGCCAUCUUGCCCGCUCGCGAAUUCAGCCAUGUUACAGAAAGCCUUAUAAAAAUAGAAAGCGGGGUAAAUUAGCACCUUUUAUCUCGUCUGUAAUCAUUACUUUUCCAAUUGCUCAUUUCUCCAUGUCUUGUUUUGUAUGUAAUAUUGCUUCUCGAAAAGAGGGUUUGUAACAUUGAGAAAGGAGGAAAUCUACUUUAUGACUGUAAAUAUCUUUAAUCAGUGGCUUUCACUGUACCAUCAUGUUAAUGUGGAAUUCUAAUUCCCACUAUUGUCCCCUUUAGCGGAGGUUCCCAUUUCUGUGGCGCAUGGAUUCAGUCACGACACGGCGCUGUUCGAUGUAACCUGCCCUCAACCUGUUUAUCCACAGCAUUACUCCUCCCCUUAUAGCAGCACCCACCAUCACAGCGGCCCAUCCGCCAUCUUUACCCCUGAAAGGUCCUUGGGUAGCGAUCCGCAUCCUCGUAGUUCUGGUAUGUCUACUGUCACACAUCCGUCCGAAAUGCAGGAAUUUUGUUCCCCUCAUGGAACGCUGGGAAGGCCAAUGCAUGGAUUACAACCACAAACUACAAUUCCAUCGGCGUCUAAUUUUAGAUGUUUGAGUGUGUCUACAAUCACUCACCCACCAAGAAUCCAAGAAACGCCAAGUCCAGCACUCCAUGGAUUGCGACACCAAAGUACAAUUCCAGACAUUCCGAAUCUUGGUGGUUAUGGUUUAUCAACCUACACCCUCCAGCCACAAACCCCAGAAUUACGCGCCUCAUAUGGAACGCCUAGUCUGUCACUGCGUGAAUUGCAACCGCACCAUACAUUUCCAGACGCUUCUUAUCUUAGUGGUUGUGGCCUGUCUACAGUCACCCACCUACCAGGUAUCUCCGGACGUUCUUCCCCGUUUGGAACAAUAAGACCGCCACAGUAUGAACUGCAACCGCAAAGUGCAAUUCCAGGCGAUCCGCAUCGUAGUGAUCCUGCUACGUCUUCAGUCACACACCCGUCAGUAAUCCCAUUUCCCUCGGAUGGAACCCUAAGACCCCCACAGCAUGGAACGCAUUCACAAAACGUAAUUCCAGGCGUUCCUUAUCGUAGUGGUCCCGUUACAUCUUCAGUCACACACUGGCCAGUAAAUCCCGGACGUGUUUCCCCGUAUGGAACGCUGAGAUCACAUCCGCCUAGUUCCCAAAGUAGAAUGUCAUUUAUGAGGGGGCACAAGCAAAAUGCGGACGAUGAAACUGAUAGGCCUUAA